AUGGCCACCAACAUUAGCAGGAAUGAUUCACUAUGGCUGGGAAUAGAUCUAGGCACCACAUCCGUCAAAGUUGUGUUAGUAGACAAUGGAGGAAGUGUCGUUCAGUCAAGUUCUUGUCCCACAGCCGCACAAGUAGAAAGUACCGCUGGAAGUCUGGGAUAUGAGCAAGACCCACGUAAGAUACUCAGUACAGUUGACAAUCUGGUCUGCCCGUUAAUGAUGAAGUUUAAGGAGAAUAUAAGAGGGAUUGGUAUUACAGGACAAAUGCAUGGUGUGCUGAUGUGGCAGAAGUGCCCAAACGGCCGUGUUGACAGUCUGGGGGAUCUUGGUCAGUUUUAUGUCAGUAAUCUGUACACCUGGCAGGAUCAGAGAUGUACGCCAGAAUUUCUAGAUACACUUCCAAGAGCGAGUAACUCUCACCAACCAGUGUCAACAGGACAUGGCUGUGUGACGAUAUUUUGGCUGUCACGAAAUCAAGCAAAUUUUUUCCAAGAUGGCCAGUUUACAAGUUGCGGGACCAUAAUGGAUUUCUUAGUGUCGGUUUUAUGUGGCCUUGAUCACCCAGUGACAUCAGACCAGCUAGCUGCCAGUUUGGGUUUUUUCAACAGAACUAAUUUAUCGUGGGAUUCUGUUCUACAUGAAAAUCAAGACUUUCCACAUAAACUUCUGCCGAAGAUAGUUCCCGCUGGAUCAUGUGUGGGCAAUGUGACUGCUUCACUAACAGAAUGGCCAUCAGGCAUACCUGUUUAUGUUGGCUUGGGUGAUGUCCAGUGUGCAAUGUAUGCCUCGCUCAAGGAUUCUUGUGAUGCAGCGAUCAACAUCAGCACGUCCAUUCAGCUAGGAUUCGUCAUCCCUGCUGGUUCCAGUGAUCGAGUCCACCAUGAGUCUCCGCCAAGCAUCUCCUUCUUUCCGUACUUUGACGGUCGUCUGCUAGCCCUGUGUGCUGGACUUAAUGGUGGGAACGCCAUCUCUCAUUUUGUGGAGUGUGUUGCUAAGUGGAUCUCAGAUCUUGGUUUCAGCGAUUCCUGUGACUCUGCUUCACUCAUGAGUCGACUACAACAGCUUGCAGACAAGUCCAAGAAUGAUCCUUCAAUCCUCACAGUACACCCCAUCUUCUUUGGAGAGCGGCAUGAUACAGAUCUGUGUGGACAUAUCACUGGAAUAAAUGCAACCAACUUCCGCAGCAUGGGAACUAUUUUCAGAGCAGUGUGCGAAGGCAUAAUCGAUCAUCUGCAAGAUAUGGUUCCUGUGAAAUAUUUACAGGGCAGGGGAAUUUCUCGUCUGCUGGUGUCGGGGUCUGUACCAGUGAAUAAUCCAAUAGUGAUGCGGCGUCUGAUUGAUGUAUAUGCAGCAGACGUAGGGCUGAGUGUUGUAGUUGAUGAUGAAAGUGUACACGCUGUAGGGUCGGCGGUUGGAGCUGCUAGAGUGAUCAGGGAGUAUGCAGAGACUUGCUAG